AUGCUCUUCCUUAAACCGGACCCCACUGAGCCCAAACUCGCCGCCGCCGCCGCCGUUGACGACGACUACUCGUUCCACAACAAUGGCGCAACCGAAGCAGCAGCGACAACAACGGGGUCCGACACGGACGACUUCCGCGCCAUCGACCCGCACAGCGGGGUCAAGCGCGGGCUCAAGACGCGCCACCUGUCCAUGAUGGCGCUGGCGGGGAUCAUCGGCCCGGGCUUGCUGAUCGGGUCGGGCGGCGCGCUCAGCGCGGGGGGGCCGGCGUCGCUGCUGAUCGGCUUCGGCGUGAUCGGCAUCGUGGCCUUUUCCAUCAUGCAGAGCCUGGGCGAGCUGACGACGCUGUACCCGACGGGCGGGGCGUUCACGGCGCUGAGCGACCGGUUUGUCGACAAGGCGUUCGGGGUGGCGCUCGGGUGGAAUUACUUCGUGGUGUGGUUCUGCGUGCUGGCGAAUGAGUAUAAUGUCAUUUCGAGCAUCAUGGUGUUUUGGAGUGAUAAGGUGCCCAUUUGGGGGUAUUUUCUCAUAUUUUGGUUUGCGUUCCUGGGGUUUCAGUUGCUGGGCGUCGAGACGUUUGGAGAGGCUGAGUUUUGGCUGGCGCUCAUCAAGAUCAUUGGACUCAUCGCCUACUUCCUCUUUAGCAUCGUUUACGCCUCGGGGGGCGUGAAAGGGGCCGAUGCCAUUGGCUUCCGGUACUGGCGCGAUCCAGGGGCUUUCACCGACGGCUUCAGGGGCGUAGCGUCCGUUUUUGUCUUUUGCAGUACCUUCUACGCCGGGGUCGAGUCCGUCGCCGUUGCCGCCACCGAGACCAAGAACCCACGCCAUGCUGUGCCCUUAGCCAUCCGCCAGGUCUUCAUUCGCAUCGUCGUCGUGUACAUGGGCAGCGCCUUCUUCUUCGGCCUGACGUGCCCUGCUAAUUCCCCGGGCCUUGUUGGCGGGUCGAGCCGGGCACUCCGGAGCCCGAUGACGAUCGCCAUUCAGAACGCGGGCUGGGACGCCGGCGUUCACCUCAUCAACGCCUUCAUCUUCGUCACCUGUCUCAGCGCGGUCAACAGCUCCAUCUACAUCGGCAGUCGCACCCUCCUGUUCAUGGCGCAGGACGGCAAGGCGCCUCGCUUCCUGGGCUGGACCGACAAGCGCGGAGUGCCGAUCCCGGCCAUCGUGCUUACCAACCUCUGCGGCGCCCUCAGCAUGAUGAACGUCAGUACCGGCGCGAGCAAGGCGUACACGUACAUCGUCAACCUCAGCGGCGUGUCGACCUUCCUCGUCUGGGGCGCCAUUAGCUUGACACAUAUCCGCUUCCGUGCCGGGUGGAAGGCCCAGGGCCACAGCGAGAGUGAGCUGCCGUUUGUGUCGCUCUGGUAUCCCUGGAACGCGUAUUUUGGACUGUUUGCCAACGUCUUCUUGGCCCUGAUUCAGGGCUGGUCGACGUUCGCCCCGUUUGACGCGGGCUUGUUUGUCGACGCAUACAUCCUGCUGCCGCUGUUUGGCGUCAUCUAUGUGGUGUACAAGCUCAUCUUUAAGACCAAGCUGUGGAGGUCCCAUGAGAUGGAUCUGCAGUCUGGGAGGCGGAGGGAUUUGGACGAGGGGAAACACCUGGACUACGGACAGAGCAGCGGGGCGCAGCCAUGGUGGAGAAGGAUAUGCAAGAGCGUAUGA